GAGCGUCGUACGUUGCGCGGUUCGGUCGCGACGUUCGCCCGCCUCCGGUGUUCGACUCCGGUCGCGGCCUGCCAUACAUACAGAUAUAUAUGUAUAUAUAUAUAUGUAUGUACACACACACGUUUGACGUUUGAACCUGUGUUUGACUUCGUGCACGCGUCUUCCUACGAAAGUGUCAGUGCGAGACGGAGCGCGAGCGAGCGGGUGGGAGAAAGAGGAGAGAGAAGAGAGAGAGAGAGAGAGAGAAGAGAGAACGAGAACGAGAGAGAGAGAGAGAGAGAGUAGAGGAAAAAGAGAGAUGCGGGAGGCGAGUGUGCGGCAGGAAACGCGAGUGCUUUUUCGCCGCAGUGCCAAGACGGAUUAAGGACGGAGGAGGAGGCGCGACCGUCGGGAAAUCGGGAUCUCGGGAGAGAUCUCCGACGAUCGUUCCGCGCGCAGUUCGAUCCCGCCGAGAAUCGCCGACCUUCGAUGGAUUCUACGAGGAACGGAGGCACUCCACGACGUGUGAAGCUUUAACGACGCUUGGGGGAAAAAAAAAUUACGAAGAAAAGUGUUCGUCGAACUUAAACGAGAUUCGCGAAGUUUUCCGUUGCCAUUUCGCGGGCGUCUAUUAAUAAAUGAGAGAAGUGUUGUCUCGGUCCCGCGAUAAAGUAACCGCGAUGAAUCGCGCUGUGCCGAUGUGAACAGUGUUCACGGGGAGAGAAGAUCGAUCUUGAGAAAACUGUCGUCAAAUGGAGCCUCUACCGAAUCGCGCGGACGCGUUCGAGCCCACGAAAUGGUGAAAUGAUCGUGUACAUAGUGUAUCGUGGACGCUGCAGCGAUUUCUAAGAAGCAACUGCCGACGACUAAGAUGUACCCCGCGCCGGCGAGACAUCCCGCCGCUCCCGGUGGCGGCGGUAGCGGCGGGGCUGCUGGCGGGCUGAAAUUCACGGUGGCGGACACUUGCGAGAGGAUCAAAGAGGAAUUCAAUUUCAUCCAGCAGCAGUACCACUCACUGAAGCUCGAGUGCGAGAAGUUAGCGAGCGAGAAGACCGAGAUGCAGAGGCACUACGUUAUGUAUUACGAGAUGUCGUACGGCCUCAACGUUGAAAUGCACAAACAGACGGAAAUCGCUAAGAGGUUGAACGCGAUAAUCGGGCAAGUGCUUCCGUUCCUGGCGCAAGAGCAUGGCUUGCAGCAUCAGCAGCAGGUGGCCAACGCCGUGGAGAGGGCUAAGCAAGUCACCAUGUCCGAACUGAACGCCAUUAUCGGGCAGCAACAGCAGCAAGGUCUCCAGCAGCUACUGCAACAGAUCCACGCGCAGCAACUGCCCCACGGCGCGGUGGUCGGCGGUCUUCCGCCGGGCGGUCUGCUGGGCUUCGCAGGUGCGGCCGCGGCGGCCGCAGCCGCGGGUGUGCCGCCGCACUUGGCGCCGCCGCCGCAUCCCGCGGCCGCGGCUGCGGUCCAGGCACAGGCGCAGGCGCUGCUGAAGCCCGCCGAUCUACAGCAGCAUCGCGCGGCCGCGGAGACGCCCGAGGAUCGUAAGCCGAUCGCCCUGCCGGACGAGAGGCUCGGCCACCGCUCGGUCUCGCCGCCUGAGAAAUUUCGCAGCCGCACGCCCGACCUCGAGAGCGACUCCAAGAGGCGGAAGGAGGAGAAGCUAGGACACGAGAGCGACGCUGAGAAGAGCGAUCAGGACCUGGUCGUCGACGUGGCGAACGAGGAGGCGUCGUCGCCGCACGCGAACGGGGAGCACUCGGACCCACGUGAAAACGGCACCCUGGAGAAGCUGGGCGCACCGGGCCACGUUGGCGGACCGGUAUCCGGCGCGGGCUCGGCAUCCGUAAAGGACAGGCCGCCGUCGCGCAGCGGCAGCUCCUCCGCCCGUAGUACACCGUCUCUGAAAAGUAAAGAUGUCGACAAGCCGGGUACACCUGUGGCGGCGGCGAAGGGCUCGCGCAGUUGUACGCCAACUAUGGGCUGCAUCCCUGGGUCCUUGGCGCGGGUCUAUCAUCCGCCAUCGUCGCAGCAAACGCCACCGCAGGGUUAUCAGGGCUUGCCAUCCCGCGGCAAUGAGCCGCCGCAGUCGCCCUCGCCAUACAGCAACUUGCCAUACGCGCGGCCCUCCAUGAUCGGUUUCGACGGUCACAUGAGGAUACCCGCGAGUAACGGACUGAACAACAUCGCAGGUGGCAAACCGGCGUACUCCUACCAUAUGAACGGCGAGGGCCAACUGCAGCCCGUACCAUUCCCCACGGACGCUCUGGUAGGACCGGGCAUCCCCCGUCACGCACGUCAGAUUAACACCCUGACACACGGCGAGGUGGUCUGCGCCGUCACGAUCUCGAAUCCGACCAAGUACGUCUACACCGGCGGCAAGGGUUGCGUCAAGGUCUGGGACAUCGGCCAAAGUGUCGGCAGCGCCAGCGUGAAACCAGUUUCGCAGCUGGACUGUUUGCAGCGUGACAAUUACAUCAGGUCCGUGAAACUUCUGCCUGACGGGAGGACCCUGAUCGUCGGCGGAGAGGCCAGCCAGCUGAGCAUCUGGGACCUGGCGAGUCCCACGCCCAGAAUUAAGGCGGAACUGACCUCGUCGGCGCCCGCGUGCUACGCCCUGGCGAUCUCGCCGGACUCGAAGGUCUGCUUCAGCUGCUGCAGCGACGGCAACAUCGCCGUGUGGGACCUGCAGAAUCAGACGUUGGUCAGGCAGUUCCAGGGUCACACGGACGGCGCGUCCUGCAUCGACAUCUCCGCCGACGGGUCGAAACUGUGGACCGGCGGCCUCGACAACACCGUGCGGUCCUGGGACCUUCGCGAGGGCAGGCAGCUGCAGCAGCACGACUUCACCUCGCAGAUAUUCUCCCUCGGUUACUGCCCCACCGGCGAGUGGCUGGCCGUCGGGAUGGAAAACUCGAACGUCGAGGUGCUCCACGCCACCAAGUCCGAUAAGUACCAGCUGCAUCUGCACGACUCCUGCGUGCUCUCGCUGCGUUUCGCCUCCUGCGGCAAGUGGUUCGUCUCGACCGGCAAGGACAAUCUGCUGAACGCGUGGCGUACGCCGUACGGUGCUUCAAUAUUUCAGUCCAAGGAAUCGUCGUCGGUGCUGAGCUGCGACAUUUCCGCGGACGACAAGUACAUUGUGACCGGAUCCGGCGACAAGAAGGCCACUGUAUACGAAGUGAUUUACUAGAAGCCUAUUUCUAAUAUAAAGAAAGAGACUUGCCUUUCAUCCUUUAAUAACGUUAAAAAUCCACGAACUUCGUCAAUGUGUUGUCCCACCCUUUCGCGAGGAAGGAAGGACGCGAAGAGGGAGCCCGCAAGAGAGGGGGGAAAUUCUCUCCGCGGCGGCCUUAGAGCCCGUGUGACUGAUGAAUGUGUACAUAUACGCAUACGCGAAUCUAUAUUGUAACGGAAAUUAACAAAUAGAGGAAUGAAAAAUCGAUGUGUGUGUGUGUGUGUGUGUGCGUGCGUGUACGUGCGUGUGUGUGUGCGUGCGCGCGUGUUUAUGAAUGAGCGGGAGAUCAGCGAUGUAUAUUAAUUUCGCACGUGCGCGUCCCGAUUUCGCGAGCGCGCGCGCGCGCGCGCGCGUUCCGAUUCUCCGCCGAUUACGCGCGGUACGCGUACGGGCGUAAUACCUGUGCGCGCGGACGGGACCUUCUAUUUGUCGCGUGUAUACAACGAGCGGUACCGCGUUGGACGAUGGAACGACGCUUCCAUCCAACCGAAGCGGUUCGCAUACGCACUAAAGUAAACGAGAAGAGCCUUCGCAAACGGUGUGAUGUUAGAUAUACAGGAUGAUUCUUGAUUGCGCGCCGGUACCGUCGGGAAACGGGUUUAAAAAAAAGUUGUCCGCAGCACAAGGGAAGGGAAACGCCGAACGGACGCGUAAGUUUAACUUUUAUCUCCUGAGUUGUAAUACAUUUUUGAAAGAUUAUAUCGCAAGCGCUUACUCCCUGUGAUACACGCUACGUUCUAACGCGACUCGAUGCUUGCUGCGUAUUACGAUUUUGUGCUACGUGUUACGGUUUUGAGAAAAUAUCGCAGCGUGUGGACCGCGACGAAAGAUCGGGCACUUCGAGCGCUUUCUCUAACUCGUACGUCUUUUGAAGCCUAAAUCUCGUAAAGUAUCAACGAACAAUUAAGAUUCAUCUUAUAUAUGAUCUUGUAGUUACGUAGGAUUAUAAACGCGCCUAAAGUGGACGGCCAAUGAAGACGGCAUCAAGAUUAGCCUGGCCUACUUAUCGAAAAAUCGCAUUACGCUUUUUAGUAAACGGAUAUGUGAUCAGACAUCAUUUUACGAUACCAUUUCUGCAACCGCUGUAUCUUCAAACGAGAAUCACAUUUCCUUCCUAUUACCCUCUUCUGAAUAUUGUAAAGGUAACGGAGAAGUCUAAGAGAUAUUUAAGUGGCAUUUAAAAAAUGUAGGACAUGUUCUAUGCGUUUUACGAUGUUUUUUUUUUUUCUUAGAAGCUUGAUUGGCGCAGAUUUUUAUUAUUGAGAUAUACGUCAUUAACGUAAAAUUGACUCGCUAUGAAUAAUCGCGCAGAUCGUUAUAUUCUCGGUUCGGUUCGAUAAUUCUCUAAUUUCGACAAAAAGAAAAAUCGUGCUGUAUCGAGUAGUAAUUUACCGAGCAAGACGAAGACGGGCACGUCGCGGGCCUCGAGUCGUCUCCUGAUCCUGUCGGUGUCAGUAUCAGUGUCACGAUGCGCCUGUCGCUGUUUGAGACAGCUCUCGCGGCACAGAAACUAGUUUAUGAACGAAUACCAUUUUUGCAUUCGUAAAUAUAGUGCGAUACCUACUGUGUAAUAAUCGAAUUUCUACGUGAUAAUAGCGCGUAUGCGUGACGACGAAUGGCAAAAUGCGAAUCCCUGUACAGAAUCCUUGUACAUAUUCGACGAUUGUGAUUAACGAUUAUAAUACGAGACGCACGGUGUACAUCGUCGCUGUACGUCGGCGUUGCGCACCCGGACUCUUUAAAUAUACCUAUGUAAAGUACAAUCCCACGCCCCCAUCCCCCCUUCACCCCCGUGCACAAUCGAAACAAAACUAUUUCUCUACUUUUAAUUAGACGACACUCGACACGCGGAGAUCAAUAGAAGCGGUCAGCUUUGUCGCGACGUUUGUAAUAUUAGUUAAAUAUAUCGACUAAUUAUUAAUUUAAUAAAAUAAAUGAAUCGACGUUGCGCAGAAUUGAGGUCUUUAUGUUGAAAGAAAAAGAGAAACUGAUUGAUCUACGAUAAUUAAUUAAGGCGCUUAGUCCGAUUGUAAAAUAUAAUAAAAAGCAAUUUCGUAAAAUUUCUGCCUUCGAUUGAUCUCUCGUCCGAAAAAUUAGCCGAAUGGAAUUCUCGACAAGCAGACGAGCGCGAAUUGCCAUGCAAUCGCCGAAAUGAGUGAAAUUAUACGGUUCUCUAUUGUGUUCUUGACGUAUAUAUAUAUAUAUGUAUUAAAACCGAGUGACACUUUGAGAAGAAACAGAUGGUUACUUUGAAUUUAAGCUUAGUCGCGACGAAAAUGGUGUUCUCGCGAUUCUCGUCUAGCUGGCGAACACGACGAACUGAAAGGUUUUUUGAUUGAAUGCAUUAUAUGUAGGGAAAGAUAUGUCAUGUAAUUAAUGAUGACGUAUCCGCAAAUUUCUUGAAGGAAAAUAAAUAAGGAUCCAUUCCACUUUUCCCUGUUGCAUUUUUAGCAAUAAUAAUAUGUGACAAAUUUUAAUACUAUGAUUUUCUUUAUUGUCUCGCAAUCAAGUUGGACUUUCCCAAUUUUCUCUUUCAACCCCUCUCUCUCUCUCUCUUUCUCUCUCUCUGAUAAAGGAAAAUAAAAUCGUUCUUCGUAACGGGUUUCUUACGCGCUUUCUUGGAACGUACCAUCGGAUUUCGAAUCGACGAAUCCGAUCACUCGUGUACUCUGCGCGAUAGAAUAUAAACAGCGAUUACACCCAUCGAUUUAGGGGUCAUCACGAGUGAAAUAUUGUUCAUUGGUAAACCUAACGCCACGUUUGAUAAAGUAAGUGUCAUAAUACGCGAAGUAGCAGUGCGAUUAUAGUUAACGUAAAAACGGGACAUACAGAGAAAGUACUUAUACACGUGCACUACCGUCAAAACUUGUAGUGAGACAAUUUAUUGUUGAUCGAUGCAAAAAAAAAAGCAAUUUCGAAGGAAGGAGACUCGAGAGAAGGAGAAAGUAAGUACAAGAUAUCACAAGUUUGCUUCCGAUAAUUUUCGAUGUAUUUACAUUUUACGUGUAAUCCGUGUGUACAAGAUCGUUAAAAACAUUAAAUGUUUAUACUCGCGUUAUGAUAAUCUAUCCAUGUAUUUACAUGUUCUUCCGUGUGUACAAGAUCGUUAAAAACAUUAAUGUUUACAGGCUUGCUUUCCUCUUCUUUUUUUUCACCUUUUCUCUUUCUCGCAGAAACUGCAUCGCAUGCCCCGUAUUCCGCGCUCUCUCUCUCUUUCCUUUCGUCGGAUUACUCGUCUUUCUUUCUUAAAUAUUUCUCUGUCGUAUCGCCGUUGCUUAUGUACAAAUAGAAAAAUUCUAGUAACGUCAUCGUUAUGUGCCAGAGAUCAUACGCAUCCAUCCUUCACACAAAUCGUUCGUGUGAACAUUUGGGCACGCUCUGGGUUUUUCGUUUUUUUAUUUUAUUUUUAUUUGUUAUUAAUCCGAAUCAGCGACACGAUUUCGCACUUAUACUUUCGAGAUAAAAUCAAGAUCGAGAGUGGAGGCGUAGGGAAUCUAAAAAUUAUAUAUAUAUAUAUAUAUAUUAUAUAUAUAACGUGACGUUUUGCAAAUUCUCUUAUCGCACCAUGUAUAAUGUCUCAUACAUGCAUACAUACACAUAUUCUCAUCACAUUUUAUGUGUGUGCAUAUAUACAUGUAUAUACACACACACAAUCAGAAGAUACAUAAUACAAUCGACUUUUGGAUUAAACGAUUUUACAGGAAAUGUACAUUAUAUAGUAAGUAAAUGGUGAUACUCUCUCCGCACUUUGUUUUCGAGACUUAGGUUUACACUUUACAACCGACGC